UCAUGUAAUAGUCAAAAUUGUGAUAUCUCUUCGGCUCCGUCAAUGUUAUUUUUGAAAAUAAACAAUAUAUAAUGAAAAUUUAAUAAUAAUAAGACGAGGUUAAAAUUGUAGUACAGUGCAUUAAAAUGGCUUUAAAAUACUUGUUAUGUGUUCUUUUGACUUACAACAUGUCGUUGUAUUGUGCCUCGGCGGCGGUGCAUGGGCACAACAUCGACAACCUGGAGCGGGAGACGGACGGGAGCUUUCGAGCGAGAGACUACGAGCACUACGGCGACUCCGGACACAACUCUGAAUUCGACCACGAGGCUAUUCUAGGAAGCGUGCGGGAGGCCGAGGAGUUCGACAAGCUUAGCCCCGAUGAGUCGAAGCGCAGGCUUGGGCUACUGCUGCCCAAAAUGGAUUUGAAUGGAGAUGAACACAUAGACCGGUUGGAACUUAAAAAAUGGAUCUUAAAAUCAUUCAUCAAUCUGUCUCGGGAAGAGGCCCAGGAGCGUUUGUUGGAAGCUGAUGAGGACAGAGACGGUGCGGUGACGUGGAACGAGUACUUACAUGAUGCAUUCGGAGUGGAUUCUGAGGACGAAGUAGGUCCUGAGGAUACCGGUGACUCUGGACUGAUAUUACAAGAGGAGAAAGCAAUGUGGGCUGUGGCGGACGCGAACAGUGACGGCAAACUGGAGCUGAACGAAUUCCAGGUAUUUACGAACCCGGAGGAGCACAAAGAGAUGCACCAGUUCCUCAUCAACCAGACGCUGAGGGAGAAGGAUCUGAACAAGGAUGGCAGUAUAGACUUCAACGAGUACAUCGGAGAGAGAGGUAACCAGCAGGAUAAAGUGUGGCUGAUAUCAGAGAAGGACAAGUUCGACAACGACCUGGACCUGAACAAAGACGGUGUCAUCGACCUCCAGGAGAUACACACCUGGAUCAUACCCGAUAAUGAUGAAAUAGCAGAUGAGGAAGUAGAUCACCUGUUCGCGUCAGCUGAUGAUGACCACGACGACCUUCUGUCCUUCGAGGAGAUCCUGCAGCAUCACGAUGUGUUCGUCGGCAGCGAGGCCACGGACUACGGCAGUGACCUGAUGGGAGAACACUUCGAUGACGAGCUCUGAAGACUUGGUCUACUCUUCCUGUAUUUGAGCGUUCGUGUACGUUGAAUAUAGUGAACAUUUUAGCUGCAAUUACAC